GAAAUGUUGGUUAGUAGACCUUGAAAUGUAAACCGCAGCAGGCGUGCAGAGUUCAGACAGCGUGUGAGGUCUUCCUGCUCCCGGCCAGAAGAGGUGGAAUUUUCCUAGGUACCGUGGCUACAGCAGGAAUGAUAGCAGGUUUUGGCACCACACUUGCCAUGACAAAAAAGAAGAACCCAGACUGGUUCAGUAAGGGGAUUACUGCCACGGCUGCAUUACCAGAGAGUGGUUCGUCACUGGCCUUACGAGCCCUUGGAUGGGGCUCAGUCUACGCGUGGUGCGGAGUUGGAUUGCUCAGUUUUGCCAUCUGGAAGGCCCUGGGUGUGCACAGUAUGAAAGAAUUCCAAACUAAAAUGCAGUCAAUGUUUCCAGCAAUUCCUAAAAAUAGUGAGUCCACCGUUGAAUGGGAAGACUUACUUAAAUCCAAGUGAAAGACUCAGAGCCGUUUGGAGACGUCUCUUUCAGCAAGAACAGGAGCGGAGUAGCGGAAGUGUCCCAUCUGAAAAACGGAGAAGAAAACUCAGACUGAGCAAGUUACUGACUGAGUUCACUGAACCUGGGGAUGCCAGUUAACAUCUAGCAACAAGGGAAUUCAAAACAAAACAAAACAAUUUAUAUUGUACUUUUCAGCGUGCUCGGUAUAGUCGAUUUGUGAGGAAAUGGACCCUCCAAAAUAAGUUGGCUCCAACUUGAGAAAAGACUGUAUCUUAUGAAGACUUAAGGAAGAAACUGAUCUUCAGUGGUAAAUACAAGGAGAAAACCCCAAUAAACUCUUGUCCCAUCCUGCUUCUUAAGAGGAAUUUUAGGAAAUUUCUCUAGGAAACAGAGAACACUACUUUCAGUGACAUUUGCAUGUUCCAUUAAGAAUAUAACCGUCAAGUCAAUUGUAACAGAUCUGUUACUGAGCCUGAAGGUAAAGCAUACAGUGCACUCUUCUGAAAAUAAAGGAGAUACUUAAAUUUGCAACAGAGAAAGUAUCUAAACCAAGCUAUUUUUGUAUGUCUGAAGGGAACGUUUAAAACAUCCAAUAUGCAAGUAGUGACCUACUGAGCUCCUCUGUAGCGCAUCAGAAGAGAUCUCUACAAAGUGCACUGUUUGCUCAGUAUUAGCUUUUUUUAUUGGAUCCCACAAUAGUGAAUCUGAUAGUUUGCAUAAAAGUCUCUGCUAUAUUUGUACAGCAAUUUAAGUUGUAAGUGAAAAAGCUAUAAAAUAGCAAGACACCCAGUCUGUCCUACACAAAUAUUUUCAGCUAAGAAAGUGUAUGGGCAGGGCUAGUUUUCUUUGUAUUUCAGUGGUUCCUGUGGCUCUUCUACCAGGAAAAGCAAUGUGACAUUUUCCACACUGCAGUAGUCUCAUGAAGUGUGGGCGUAAACCAGGAAGAAUAAUGUCUUACUCAAACGUUGUAUUUGCAGAACUGUAGAUCUGUAAAAAUGCAGAAAUAAAAAAAAAUGCUAUCAGUGAACAAUCCUUUGUUGAAUGCUCAGUUAUCAGGUUUUUUUAUUAAUUGCACACAGUCCAAUUAGUCAGUUGUCAGAUUUAAUAAAGUCCUCUUAAAACCUG